UAGUCAACUGUUUGCAUUUUAUUUUCCUCAAUUUAGACAUGUUAAAUUUUUAUGAAGACGAUGAACAGCGUGAAACCGUACAGAAAGCAGUAGAAGGUCAUAAGAAUGAGUAUAAGGAAAUAUUCUAUAUUAACAAUGGAUCACAAUCAAAUAUUUAUUGCAGUGCUAAACUGCGUUAUCCUGCUACAACUCAAGAAAGAUUACUUGUCGGUACUUUGAAGGGCAAAGUCUCUUGUUUGGAAAGAAAUGAAAAUAUAGAUUGUCAAAAUGAGUUUCAUAGUUGUCAUGAUAUGCGAGCUAGAGAAGUGUAUUUCUCUUACAUUCCAGGUGAUGCAGAAAUUAUAUCAAUGGAUUCAUUUUAUCGCCACCAAAGCAUUGAAAGAAGCAAAUGUCUGGUUGUUGGUGUUACUCUUAUACUUUUAAAGCCAAAUGAAUCUUCUGCGUAUGAGCCACAGCACUAUUUUAAUAUCUAUAUUGCUUUGGAACCUGGUACAGAAUUUGAUCUUGAUAAACUUGCUCAGGUUUGUCAACAUCAGCGACUUGAUUUUGCACCUUAUCAUCUUCAUCAUGCAGAAAUUUUAGUGAACGACAUCUAUGAAACAGUGUUUUUGUUGGCUGGAAGUGAUGAAAAAAUUCAUUUAUUUAAAGGAGAUAAUCAACAAUGCUUUGCCGAAGAACCUUGCGGAAAUUAUUUCCCUGAAUUUAAUGCUAUUACUGGACGUGUAAUCUGGAUGCAUGUAAAACUUUGCGAUGGUUUUAAACGUCUUUCAGCAUUUGGGUGUGACAAUGGCUACUUAAGAGUUGCUUAUGCUGACUCUAAAAAAAAUGAAAUAAUUCAGAUUUGGACAAUGUCUAUUGAUGGGCCUAUAACUUCUGUCAGGCUGUUUACACUUACUUCAGAAAAAGAGUUGAUAUCUCCUAGCGCAGAAGAAACUUCUAUUUCGCCUCGACCUGUACUUUGUGAAAGUAGUGAAAUCAAUUUACUUGUUACCAGUGCUAUAGAAAUAGCUGUUGUUUAUUUAAAUGUUGUAGAGAAAGGGCUUAAUGAAAUGGUGGUUCUUGACCAAUCUGAUCACUUUGACAGUGUCACAUGUUCUUGCAUUACUGACCUUGAUUGCGAUGGCAACAAUGAAAUCAUACUUGGAACGUAUGGUCAGGAACUUUUGACGUACAAAUGGAAUUUCUCAGAAAAGUAUGGUUGCAAAAAAGUUUCCUUUUAUUUGGCAUGUCGCAAAGAGUUUCCAAAACCAAUUAUAUCAACAGAUUGUUUAGACAUUAUAGGAGAUGGCAUGCAAGAGCUAGUGGUUGUUUCAUUGACUGGAAUGCACAUUUUGCAACAUGAAGUUGAAAGUGCAGCCGAAAAAUUAUUAGAAAAAAUAAUUCGUACUUAUCCAGAUAAAUAUUUACCAAUGUUUGGUGAAAGUUACGAGCAAAAAGAUAAACAUUUACCAAUGUUUGAUGAAAGUUACAAGCAAAAGGAUAAACAUUUACCAAUCUUUGGUGAAAAUUAUGAGCAAAAAGAUUUCUUUUAAUGCUGAGUAGAGAUAUUGUUAAAAAGCAAACACAAAAGGUGCUUUGAUUGUGCUUAAAUCUUUCAGGUGCUUGGACCUUGUUUUAAAAAAGCAGUAAUCAGGAUUUUUAACAAAUUUGGUUUAUUUAAUUUAAUGUUUAUUAUGGAUGUUAUCUUUAAUGGGGUAUUGAUGACUUGGACUGGAUAAAUGACUGGGUGCGUUACUUAUUGAAUCCAAUGAUUAUUUGGGAAUUUGUAUGGAGAAUCCUCUACGGACCACAAGUUUUUGCAGUGCCUAUUAAGUAACUUGUAAUUAAUAUUUGAAACUUAUCAAUGACAAAAAUUAA